UACCCGGAGUUUCAGCGUGACCUCUACUGCAGUUGAAAAUACUUAGUAGCGGAGCUGCAAUCAAUUGAAUUGUGACGAUGUAACCCCUCCGCGGUGGAUAAGUGACAUUUUGACUGAAAGUUCCAUUUAUUUUGUGUAUACGCUGCAAAAAGGGCUUAUGUGCUCCUCGCCGUGUUGUCUCCAGCUCGGAGUGCUCAGUGUUGUCGGCGUUGAGCCUGUUUCAGGUGCACUGCAUCAACAUGGGUGUGAUCGGAGUGCAGCUGGUGGUUACCAUGGUAAUGGCCAGUGUAAUACAAAAAAUCAUACCUCAUUAUUCUUUCGCAAGAUGGCUACUCUGCAGUGGCAGUCUGCGGUGGUAUCAGCACCCUACGGAAGAUGAGUUGAGGAACCUCGCUGGGAAACAGAAAGGACUGAAGAGGAAAGACAGGAAGUACAAUGGUCACAUAGACACCAAGCCACUAACUGUACCCAAGGACAUCGAUCUACAGCUGGAGACAAAAUGCAUUACUGAAGUCGACACAUUAGCAUUGCACUACUUCCCCGAGUUCCAGUGGUUGGUUGAUUUCACAGUAUCGGCGACUGUGGUCUAUCUCAUAACGGAGCUGUACUACAGUGUGGGUCAGCCCUCAGGAGAGAUGAACAUCAGUGUGGUCUGGUGCCUGCUAGUGCUGGCCUUUGUCAUCAAGACCCUCUUUUCUCUGACGGCCCACUACUUUAAGCUAGAAGAAGGAGGCGAGCGCUCCCUCUGCAUUACAUUCGGCUUCUUCUUCUUUGUCAAAGCCAUGGCCAUUCUCAUUGUUACUGAAAACUAUCUGGAGUUUGGUUUGGAGACUGGUUUUGCAAACUUUUCUGAUAGUGCUCUACAGUUCCUGGAACACCAGGGCUUGGAGUCGCAGGGUCCCAUAUCAAAACUUACUUUCAAGCUAAUAUUAGCCUUUCUCUGUGCCCUGAUUGGAGCCUUUUUAACCUUCCCGGGACUGCGACUGGCACAGAUGCACCUCGAUGCCCUCAAUGUGACCACAGCCAAAUUUACACAGACUUUGCUUCAUAUCAACUUCCUUUCUCCGUUGAUCAUGGUCCUGCUGUGGGUGAAGCCCAUUACCAAGGACUACAUAAUGAACCCCACCCUUGGAAAGGACAGCAUGCCUUUGAUGGCUGAGCAGACGUACGACACACUGCGGUUAUGGACCAUCAUACUGAUGUGUGCGCUGCGGCUCGCGAUGAUGAGGCAUCAUUUGCAGGCCUACCUCAACCUGGCUCAGAAGGGCGUGGAGCAGAUGAAAAAGGAGGCAGGACGAAUAAGUAUCGUCGACCUGCAGAAGAUGGUUGCACGUGUUUUUUACUACUUGUGUGUUAUCGCACUACAGUAUGUGGCACCGCUAGUGAUGCUGCUGCAUACAACCUUGCUGCUAAAAACAUUAGGUGGGCACUCGUGGGGGUUCAAUCUUGAAGAAGAAGAGCCUCCAUGCACCCAUCAGAUGGACUCUGCACUGGGGGAAGCACCAAUAGCACCCCCCGCGGUGGAGGCGGGAGCCCGGGCGUCAGUAGCCCAACUAUCAGUGGCCCUCGGGGGCUUGAAGACUGUCUUUAGUCCCUUGCUUUUCCGAGGCCUCUUCUCUUUCUUCACGUGGUGGAUCGCCGCUUGCCUCUUCUCCACCUCCCUCUUCGGCCUCUUCUACCACCAAUAUCUGAUGGCAGCGUAGGCCAGGCACCUUGUCACAGUGACAGACCAUAUCAUCAGAAACUCCUGCUCCAACUUCCAGUGCUUCCUUCACAGAUGAACUCUGUGUUUUUACAUUCACAUCUUUUUAGUCACUUUCACACAACAUUUCUUACAUUUGAUAACAAUCAGGACUGGGAGCGUAACAAUGGACUAAAUCUGACUUUGAUCAGAUACUGUAUCUCAUAUGCUGGACACAGUUCACGCUUACAUGUGGCACACAUCAGUUUUUCAAGGUAAAAUGUUUUGUUGGUUUUUUUUUUUAAUAAUUGGUCCACAAUUAUUCACAUGACUUUACUGAAUUUGGAGGUUUCUGGAGGUUAAUAUGUUGUACUUGGGCAAGCGCUGAGAUGCUGAAGUGUUUAAAAGAGUCUUAAAAAAGAAAUGCAGGCUCUUUUUGUCUCAGAGGAAGAGGGAGGGCCUAGCUGUCCAGCUGGAGGACCAACCAAUCAGCUGAGCAGGGUAGACGUGCGUGUGUAUGUGUGUGUUCGUGGCACAGCCGUGAGUAAGGAAUGACACUUGACUUGGUUCAGAGAUUGUUAGAAUAUGUGUAGUGGAACACAGUUCACAGUUUUUCCUGAGCCAUUCAGAAACAAGAGUGCUGAGCUCUUUCCAAGCAGCUGUGACUAUUAAAAAAAAAAAAAAAAAAAAAGGGAGGGGGCAGCGCUCUCGUCUGCUGUGUUGCACCAUCUCAAUGCUGAUGCUUGGCGUGCGAUCAGCUACUGUUGAAGAGGAAAUGCCUUUUGUUUUUGUUUUUCUUUAAUUAUUUGUAAUUUAAAUCACUAAUUUUUUAUUAGAGUUUUUCUUCGAAAUCCAAUGGAUUUCAGCAAUGGUGCCAAGUGUUCCUGUGUUCCAAGUCCACACCUUAAGGGCCUUUUCACUCUCAUGAAGAAGUCGUCUCUUGAUACCUGUGUGUGUGUGUGUGUGUGUCUGUUCGCGCACAGUAAGACUGAAGUGUAACUUUUUACUGUGUGCACACAAAGAAGCUAAUACAAAUGUCCAAACCUUUCAAGAAAGUAGGCCACAAGGUCCAACACAGUUUUAUGCCGUUUUAUUUUAUCUCGUUGGUUAUGAAUUUUACUAAUUUUACUGCAGGAGACGCGCAUCAUAUCACAGCAUCUCUUUUACACAUCGGGGAACUAAUUAAUGAAUGUAUCAAUCUUGCCUAAUUUCAAGAUUUGUUUAAUGAAACUGAUUUAUAUGUGAUUUUUGUUUUUAAAAACUUCCCCACACUUCCUCUUCUGCCAUUCUGCUUACAUAAGCAAUUGUAUUUGUUCUAAUGACUAUUUUUGUUAGUAUUUAUUAAAUAUGUCGAGGCCUGUAAACAUUUCUAAUUUUAACAUGUUUUAUUUUUGGUGUCUGCGUGCAUGGUGACUUGAAUCGGUUUUGUACAUGUUUUUGACAAAUUUUAAUCUUCUGUCCUUUAGUGUGGGCUGUUCAGUUGGGAAGUAGCUGGGAUACUUUCAGAAUUCAGUUUUCUUCAGUUCGGUACCACUGAAAGUGUUUUGUGUUUCAUGGAUUCAAAAAGUAAUUUACACAUGUUUUUCCAUGUAUUUAUUUCUGCUUCAGAAUAAAUUAUGUUCUUGAAAUUGUGAA